UGACAGCUGGUGCCAAGAGCAAGGCUCAAAACCAAACCGCCAUCUGUCUGACAAGCACAGUUUGUUCUGAGGAGAACACGGCGACGCAUCGCUUUUUACGCACAACAAGACCGCGAAGUCCGAGCAGCUCUUUGUUACAUUAUGAUGGUUUAAUGUGUCGCACAGGGCUGGGUACACUUGUGGCGUUUUUUGAGGCCGACAUACACUUUUACGGACCCGCAGAGUUGAUUGAUCUCUCGCUUCAGCCGCGCGUCAAACCGGCUCGGUGCGUCAGGAAGCAACAAGCACGCUGGAAAGUCUACUUUUUAUUUAAGAUAUUUAAGAUAUUUGAGAUAAAACCACAAGAUGGAAAACUUUUCAACAGCUCCGGACCUGAACCACACUUGGACGGACUACAGUAUCCAGUACAAAGUAAUCAGUAGUUUGCUGCUUCUCCUGAUUUGUGUUUUAGGACUCGUUGGGAACGUUAUGGUCAUCCUGGUGGUCCUCACUACCAAACACAUGAGGACUCCAACCAACUGCUACCUGGUGAGUUUGGCUGUGGCUGAUAUGAUGGUGCUGACAGCGGCUGGUUUACCGUCCAUCACAGACAGUAUCUUUGGAUCUUGGGUGUUCGGCCACUAUGGGUGCCUCUGCAUCACCUACUUUCAGUAUCUCGGGAUCAACGCCUCCUCUUGUUCCAUAACAGCGUUCACCAUAGAGAGAUACAUCGCUAUCUGCCACCCGAUUAAAGCUCAAUUUCUGUGCACCCUGUCCAGAGCAAAGAAGAUCAUUUUGUUCGUUUGGACUUUUACUUCUCUUUACUGUGUGAUGUGGUUCUACCUAUCAGACAUCCAGGAGAUGGUGUACGAGAACAUCACCAUCGUCACAUGUGGCUACAGAGUCUCGAGGAAGCACUAUUUACCCAUUUACUUUUUUGAUUUCGGCGUCUUUUUCGUGUUGCCGCUGCUGCUCUCUGCGGUUUUGUACGGACUCAUCGCCAGGAUCCUCUUCCUCAACCCGCUGCCUUCCGAUGCCAAAGACAAGAAGAAGAACGGACAGAACAACAACACCACCAAUAAGAGAACCAGCUGCAAAAACUCCCGUCACUCCAGCUCCACCGCGACCUCCCGCAGACAGGUGACCAAGAUGCUGGCUGUGGUGGUGAUCCUGUUCGCCAUGCUCUGGAUGCCUUACCGCACCCUGGUGGUGGUCAACUCCUUCCUGGACAGGGCCUACCUGGACAACUGGUUCCUGCUCUUCUGCCGGAUCUGCAUCUACCUCAACAGCGCCAUCAACCCGGUCAUCUACAACGCCAUGUCUCAAAAGUUUCGCGCUGCUUUCCGCAAGAUCUGCCGCUGCGGGAGGAAAGGCUCAGACAAACCCGCCACUUACAGUGUGGCACUCACCUACAGCGCAGUCAAGGAUACGUCGAUGGUGGAGAGCACUGAUCACUUCACAACAGAGCUGGAGGAGCUCACUGUCACAGAUGAACUGCUGUCUGAUCAGAAAAUGAUGUUCCCAGACCCAUGUGUGUAUGGAAAGGUGAAUUUCAGCGACGCCUGAGGUUCAUUUGACACCAGAGAGAUGAUUCUGAUAGUCAAUGGAGAGUUAAAGAGUAUGAAAAGGUUGCCUAAUGGAGUAUGUUAAGUGGGAAUAUUGUUUCCUGAGUGCCUGCUGACCUUUUGAAAGUCAGGCAUCUGUAGCUAGAGAUGUAAACACAGAUUACCGCCACUGAUGCGUAAUGACAGUCUUUGAGGCACACAGCCAAACUCUUGCUCUUUGUUGUCAAUGAUCCUGGACAUUGUAAAGCAACACCGACAGAUAAGCCCUCUUUUAUCGAAAAGCUGUUAUCUUAUCUUGGCCCUACCCACGUAAUAUACAGUGUACGACUCAAUAAUACAUGAAUGUGAACAGACACACCGUUCCCACUUCAAAUACAUGUGUUGUAUGUUGUGAACUCCAAUACCCAGAAACCCUGCAGCAUCAGUCAGUAAACACCUGGACACAUUCAUAUUUUCCAACACAGCCGGUCAGUAAUGUUAUAAUACCAAAGACAUCACAGAAGCAAGAAGAAUUUAGCUUGGAAAUGUGGAAUUCAGUCUUGAUUCAACAUUUUCCCAGAGUAAAUUCACUGUACUAUACAUGCUAAAAGUCAGGAUGGGUUAAUUUCCUCAGCUUCAGACAGACUUUGGGGUUUAAGCUGAAAAAAGGGGUUAUUUUCAUCCUAAAAAACCUUCACCCUGAGCAGCUUUGAUAACUGUACCAUCCUGCACUCCUGAUGUUUUAUGGGUGGGUGGUCCAUUAAAGGGUGAGUCACACCUGAACCUUCACGGGCAAAACAGGCCCUAUUUUUGCUCUAAAGGAUAUGGCCUCGAGCACAAUGUGAGAACCAAGACAGACUGUGUGGUCUGGAGACGGUCUUUUCAUUGGUAUGUUGAGUUUUUCUACAGUAAGUGUUCACUGAAAGAGACGGGAAUACAAAAGUACAUAAAGCACUUUGGAACUUGAAUUUUAAAAAGUGCCAUAAUGAAGCUUACAUGUGUUCCUACAGCUCCCACAGUAUCAUCCUGUUUCUAAUAAGGCAUCACUUAUUGUGGGUUUAUAAGUUGUAACUAAUGGCUUCAUUUAUAGGCAAAUUAUUUUAUAAUGCUUUAUAGAUUGGUAUUAAGCCAUUUAUUUAUUUAUUAAGAACAACUUUUGCGUUGUCUGAUAUUAGUUUGGUUGCUGUGUGUUAUUGCAUUACUUGAUUAGUCUUUUUAUGUUGCUUUUUAAAGGAAUAUUAUUCAAGCUUUUCAUGAACUCAAACCUGUCUUUUCAAUAUCGUCGACAUUUUUUCAAUAGUCAGUCAAUGUAUUUGCAUUCAGUAAUUAUCUUUCUAAAUAGUAGUUAUAAUUGUUAGUGGGUCAGUGCACCACUCCCGCAUAGGAUUCAAUUUGUCUACCUACGCAUGAGGUAUUCACAGGAAAUGAUGCAUGUAUGUAAUCUUUAAUUACUUUGUAGUUGGAGCUAGAGCUUUAUUGGUGGGGUUAAGAAUGGGGACAUCAUUUUCUUAUGUUAACGCUAGAAUCGAUUCAAAACAAGUAUGGCACUGUAGUUGUGAAUGAGAUGGAUGCAGCAAGUCGACUAUAAUAACUGGAAAUUACAUAUUUCUUUGUUAGUUGUUCCUAGUGAGCGCUGUGAGUCACCACUGAUUGGUUAGCGCAAAGUAAGCCCUCCUUCAAACAAGAAAAAGAAUAUGAAUAGUUUACCUACUUUCCAUCAGGAAACGGCCUACAUACAAUUUACACGUUCUAUUCUUCUAACAACUUAUUAAUUUUUCCAAAUUUUUAGGCUAUUGUUGUGAAAUAGCCUCUAAAGAUCUCAACACCAGGCUGAAAAGCAGUUUCACUGCCCUCUCUGGUUUAAAGCUGCACCUGUAAAAACACCCACCGGUGAUGUCACAGUGCACUCACACAGCCUUGAGCGCACUUUACAUCACUGCAGCAAGGUGAGAAAAGUUAAACCUCUGAAGGUCAGGACAGACAUGACUUUCACUGCGGUGAAGUUCCUUCUUAAAACCUUAUAAAUUAAUGUAUUACUACAUUUACUAACGAUGGCUUACUUUAUAAAGUAAGAAAAUCACAAUCCUUUAUUGACGACUUUCUCAGUCAAGUCUAAAGUUUUAAACAUUAAUAAACAGUUUACACAUAUCAGCCUUAGUAACAACUCAUAAACCCUUUAUAAAAUAUGCCUUAUUAGACAACGGUACCUCUCUCAAUUAUACUUUUAAAAAACAAACAUUUGUUUGAGCAGCAGCAGUGGUUGUUAACCUCAACAAUUUACAGUGUGAAAUUCUGUAUAUAGUGUUACAGAGAUUUAGUAUUACAUAAAGAUGUUGAGAUAUUUUAGCUUCAGCACUAUAAGAUACAUCUAAGCAUCAGUGUUGACAUUGAGGCAAAGUGAAGUGAAUGUUUUGGUCAGUUUUCUGUAUCAUGUGAACUGUGAAUUUAACAAACCAUUGCUUUUGCUGAUCGCUUUUCAGUUGUGAAAGUUGUCAGUGAGCCGGUGAACAUGGCUGGAUGGACGUGUGAUGUUUAGAUAAGCUGAUGUUGUGUGGUGUUUUCUUACAGAUCAGUGACUGUUGCACAGUCUACCACACAGGAGAAUAUAAUUGGGCAGCAGCAGACACAGCAGAGGAAGAUGAAGCCCUUGCUAUCAAACACGGUUUUGUACGUGGAAAAUGACAAAUAACAGCUGUAGUGUUUGUUUAAUGAUUGUAACAAUACUGUACAUGCCUUGUGUAUAUAUUUCUGCACUUGUGUAUGUUCCCUGUGCAUUUAAAGUGAUUGUUAUUUAUGGUAACUGUUUGUAAGAGAAGAGGAGUUAUCUGUAUAUUUUUGUGCCACUGUUGCUUUCAUUAUUGUCCGAUAAAACAUUACAAAUAUUAUUUUGCAAUGUAUAAUUUGGAAUCUGCUAUCUUGCUUUUCAGAAUAAUCUGGUCCUGUGAGUAUGUGUGAUGGUUAUCUAAGUGAUCAUUUGUAAAUUUUAUCUUUAUGUUCCAAAUAAAAGUUCUUUCUUGAAUUACA